GUAAACACAACUCCAGGAACAUGAAAAGAUCGGGUGACAGUGAGGGGGAGAAGAGAAGAAAGAAGAGAAGGUUACUACAGGAGCUGGGAGACCAAAAGAUCCCCUUUCGAGGACCUUCUGAUCAGGGUUUUCAGCAACUGUGGGACUCCAGUUACUCCGGCCUGGUUCUGAGGAGAGCCUGCUCGUUGCCUGCUGAGCUCCACUGCAGAGUCCAGGCCGCUCUGCUCACCCUGCGCAAGAAGGGCUGCCUCUUGAGGGAUCUGGUCCGUGUCCGGGACCGGGACGUCUUUACCUCCGUGUCGCGGGCUCUGCUGGGUGAGCCGGGCCAUACCUACCGCUACCUGGACACAAGGCUCUUUGCCAUCCCCUGGCACAAUGAGGACUCUGAGGUUAAAGGGCAAAACUGUUGCGACCCCGGUCUGAGAGCAGCCUGCAAAGCCUUGUGGGAGCUCAACACCUUCUUCUGCUUGGAUGUAUCUCAGCUGAAAGAAGGGGACAGGCUGACGCAAUGUACGAAGUUGGUUCAGGACGUAGAACCCAAGGUGAGUGAGGAGACUGACGUAGAGUCCAAACACAGCGAGGACUCCAGGAACAGUGAAGGAGCAGAGUCGGAGUCCAGGCAGAGCGAGGAGGGGGACACGGAGUCCAAGCACAGCGAGGAGUGGGACGUGGAGUCUAGACACAGUGACGAAGGAUGUUCGGCAUCAAAAAGGGAAAGUGAGUGGGAGACGUCGUCCAAACACAGCAGUGAAGAGGGAGAAUCCACACAGGGCAAGGAGAUCGAUUCCGGGUUGGAACAUAGUGAAGGAAAAUGUCCCACCUUGGCACUUAAGACCGCCGGUGUCUUGCCAACAAGAGGCCGAGGUGAGCUACAUGUGGCUCAUCUCAAACACAGCCUCUCAGAUUACCACAUUGAGGACAAGGGGGAAUCAGGGGGUUGUUCUGAGCCCAGCCCGCUGCAGGGAUUCACCGGAUCAGCUCAGUUCAAUGUCACCUUACUCAACUACAUGGACCCUGCAGCCAUGAGUCAGCUUAAAGAGGAGCCCUAUUACGGCAUGGGGAAAAUGGCUGUAGGGUGGCACCACGACGAGAACCUGAUCAGUCGCUCGCCAGUGGCUGUUUACAGCUACAGCUGCCAUGACAACGAAGGCGAGAGCAGUGAAGGCGGCGGUGAGAAGGCGAGCUGGCGGAUUGGGCUUAAGGUGGCCUGGGACAUCCACACACCUGGCCUAACGCUGCCCCUCCAGUCUGGGGACUGCUAUUAUAUGAGAGAUAACCUGAACAGCACCCACCAGCACUGCGUCCUCCCCGGAGACGCUGCUCGCUUCAGCUCUACCCACAGGGUGGCCGAGUGUUCCACUGGGACUCUGACCUACAUCCAGUCACAGUGCCAGGAGGCCCUGUCCAACCUGCACACGGACCCCGAGACCGGCUCCCACAGCCUGGUGACCCUGAGGCCCGCCACCAUGCAACACUGCGAGGAGAUCCACAACGAGGUGGAGUUUGAGUGGCUGCGACAGUACUGGUUUCAGGGCCAGCGGUACACGCGCUUCUGCAGCUGGUGGUGCAAUCCCAUGGAAGAGCUGGAGAAGGACUGGAAGCUCAUGGAAACCAUGGUUCUUCACUCCCCCGUGAUCGGCGUUGACCUGUCUUACUGGUUCCCUCAGGAGUGUGCUAUCAAGGCCGUCACAGAAUAGAGACAUUUUCCUUUAACUUGCAACAAUGAGUCACAAUGCACAAUAGGCAGAGAAAGAGGUUUGGCUUCUUGCAGAGUAUUUUAAAUACUGGCGUGCUGUUGUGCGUGUCAGCACCCCA